CCCCAACUAGAACAGACAGAAGUAAAACCACACUUCAACCCAAAACCACAGCUUUCAACCCAUAAAGCUGAAAACCAGCUAACACAAAUCCUGCCCGUUUAGAAUUCUGAUCCCAGCCAAGAUGGUGUAACAGAGACCCAUUUAUCCUCCUGCCCAAAGCAAACAAUCUAGACAAGAUUUCGAAACAGUACUUUCUGGCAUUGGACAUCAGGCAGCCAUGAACCUUGAUUCCUGAGAGAGGUAAUGAAUAAGACCAGCCCAACUCUCCCCCAGCUUACUGGAGGAAGGAGCAGUCCAUGUGGAGCUUGGCAGUCAGAGGAGCAGGGCUCCAGGGCAGCUGUGAACUAGAGUUCACGGUGUACAGUGAUGGAAAGGGGAGACUGGCACAGUGUGCCCCCGAGACCUGCAGAACCUUAAAAGUGUGUACACGGCAGGGAGCCACCCAGGCUGGGAUAGUGGGAAACCUUGUCAUCAUGGGACUUUGGAUGGAGUAUUCGGGAGGGCACUAGUGAGGACAGUCAGUGCCCAAUACCACCUAAUGAAGCAGAACAAAGCUCAAGAAUAUUGAUGGGGGCCCCUCCGACCAGGCCUGGAGCGAACUGGCAGUUCCCCGGGGAACCAGGGGGCUACCCCGAGGACCCGUAGCUAAGUGCCAUGGGAUGCUUGGUCUUGGGCUGGGCACCAUAGACGCCUUCAUUUGCUUCAUCAACCAGACCCAGGGCUGGGACCGACUGUUCAGAGCCACUCGGUACACGUGCAUGUUGCUUAGAUAUUUGUUAGAGCCUAAAGCUGGCAAAGAGAAGGUGGUAAUGAAGCUUAAGAAAUUGGAGUCCAGUAUGAGCACUGGCCGUAAAUGGUUCAGACUAGGCAAUGUGGUACAUGUCAUACAGGCCACUGAGCAGAGCAUUCAUGCCAAUGACCUGGUACCCCGUUUGUGCCAAUUAGCCAACCUCAACCAUGUGAUUUAUUUCAUCUGUGACACAAUCCUCUGGGUGAGGAGUGUAGGUCUCGCCUCUGGCAUCAACAAAGAGAACUACUAUUCUCUCCUACUGAGCCUGGGCAGGGAUCUAUAUGAAAUCUCCCAGCAGGUGGAACAGGUUGCACACAACAGGGCAAAGAGGGAGAAAUCCUCGCCCCGGGAUCAUCUGGAGUACAGCGUGGCUGAUGAGGAGACUGAAUGGCUCCAGUCCUUUCUUCUUCUCUUAUUCCGUUCUCUGAAGCAGCAUCCUCCCCUCCUCCUUGACACAGUGAAGAACUUUUGUGAUAUUCUGAACCCUUUGGACCAGCUGGGAAUCUAUAAAUCCAAUCCUGGUAUCAUUGGACUUGGAGGACUUGUGUCCUCUGUGGCAGGCAUGGUCAUUGUGGCAUAUCCUCAGAUGAAGCUGAAGACCCGCUAGUGUGUUUUCCGGCUGAGAAGUAAUAGUAUCUGCUUUAACAGAUGACCUUUUAGUGGAUUGGACAUUUGCAUUAGUCAUGGACCAUGUCAGACUGUACUUAAGUUCUUGUUCACGAGAACAUUUAGUGACCCGUGAUGUGAGCAGAGGUGGGGCCAAGAGUGCAGAAGGGGAGAUCAUGAAGAUUUCUGUGUAUUUUUUUAGAGUGCUGGAGUGACUUGUGAGUGUAUGGAUAUUUUCUCUUCAUCUAACAUUUAUUGAACCUCUCUUACAUGGAUAGUAGGAGCAUAGUGCUUGCUGAAUAAAUAAAAAUGGAAAGGGAAAAAA